AUGCCACAGACUAUAGGACCCCUCAACUAUGGAUGCUCGGAUUGGCGCAUCAGUAGCCAAAGAGCCGCAGAUCUGUACAGUUCCGGUACCCAGCUUUGGACAAGAGACGAUCUGAAAGACAUUGAACAACAAUUGGGCCAAUCCUAUUCGAUGGAGCGAUUUUCAGUCCGUCGAAUCGAUGGAAGCAUAAUCCAAAUUUCCAAUCCUAUGUUUCAAAUACAGAAUCCUAUCUGGAAACCCCAUGUCAAGUACCAAGAAUAUUGGCAACUUGUGAAAGCACAACCCAGCGGUCCAAUUGAAACCUACCUGUGCUCUUACAUGGUGGAUUGGAGCAAUCAGACCGCACGGAACUUUCGAGAGCUUAUCGCACAGCCUAUGCAAGUCUUUGACGAGAAAGACUUGUUGUGGCGGAAUAGCAAGACUUGCAUGCACUUAGCAGCCCUGGUCCAAGAUUUACUCGGUUCAAACACUGUGAAGAAAGUUAUCUGCUUCGGGCUCGGUGAUUUUUGCCGCUCCGCGCCUGAAUGGUUAAAAAAGCAACACGACUCUUGGGAUGAGAACUCGGAGGUGAAAAAUGUGAUGGGCUGCAUGAUCCAGCAUUCAAUGGCUCUCACUAUCGCUCAAAUUUGUCGUGGCAAUGACACAGUGCCCUUACUUGCUCAGGACCCUGAGUAUACAGAGGUCGCAGAAGAGAUUCUGACCAAGAAGGAAUUUAAAAUUGUUGGAACCCACGGCGCAGGGGGAUUCGUGGAAAUUGACGAGGAAUCAAUCAUAAUAUCACCCUUUGCUGCCGUCCCAGUCAAGCAGAUUAUCGCCGAUCUUGCUCGCCCUAUGCUCAUUAUUUCCACCGGCUUUGAUGUGUUCAACAGCAAUGAGUAA